GCAAAGCAGGGUUCCUAAAUCACCACUUCCAGCGCCCCUCGGUGAAUCCCGCCCCCGCUCCCAGGGGGCGCCACGGCCCGCUUUGCGACCCCCCGCUCUGACCACCGCACAACACUGGCACCGCCCUCCUUUCAGAUGCCACAAGACUCUUCCACCUGCCCGUGGCCACAGGAGCGCCCCGUGUCCGUGCGCCAAGACGCACGCAGGCGCCGCUGCCCGUGCCAGGGCGCAGGGAUCCUUCCCUAGCCUCUGCUAAGUUGCCACCCACCCCCCGCCUCACCCCCGGUGCCCUGAGCACAGACAGAGCCCUGGAGAGGCUCCAGCUGGAGCUUCGACGGGGGGGGGGCAGCCUUCCUUUGAAAGCCCCUCCUUUUUCCAGCUGGGGUGGAGCUCCAACUUUAUUUCCUUCUCUCCAGGACAUGCCCUGAUCCCGCUUCCCUCUGUCCCUUCCUGCCGCCCCCCCAGCCCCCCCCCAGCCUCUCCCUCCCUCAUUUCGUCCAUCCUCUUAUUUGCUUCCAACUUCCAGGAGAAACGGGUCAGAAGAAGGGUGUCCCUCUCCGCUGCCAGCCAUGGAGCGCCCGGUCCGUGCCACCCGCUUGCCACCCUCCGGCUUGGCUGAUGCCCUCCUCUGCUGACUCCGGAGCUGGGCGAGCCUGGACCUCGCUGCUCCAGCACCGCUCCUCGAGCAGAUCCAGGACGAAGAGGAUGCCAGUCCCUGGGUACCUGGUGGCAAUCGCCCUCUUGUGCGCUCAGCCGGUGUUGACUUCUGAGCAGCCAGCAGGAGUGGUGCCCUUCGAGGAGGUCUGGAGCCGCAGCUACUGCCGAGCCCGGGAGACCCUGGUGGACAUCCUGAGCGAAUUCCCCCACGAGGCCGAGCACAUCUUCAAGCCCCCCUGCGUCCCCCUCUGGAGAUGUGCCGGUUGCUGUGGAGACGAGAGCCUGGAGUGCAUCGCCGUGGAGACCCGGACCAUCGACUUGCAGGUGGUCCGAGUGAGCCCCAUCCUGGGCACGACUCAGCAGGAAGAAAUGAAGUUUGUGGAGCACACCCGCUGCUCUUGCAGGCCUCGGCGGAAACGUUUGAAAGGCGAGAGGAGCCACCGGAUUGGGGCCAAGAGGAGACCCCGGGAGCCAAGCCUGACGCCUUUCACACCACUCUGCAAACUCCCCGGCGCAGGGAGACCAGAGGCCCAGCACAGAGACCAAGAAGAAGCCACGAAUUUGCCCCUGUCCGAGAGAGACGUUCCCCUCUGAAGUCCGGACGCAGGCAGGGGUGCCUCUCUCCCAGCUGCCCAUGCAAGAAUGGCGGACAGAAAAAUCCCUGCAAGGCCCAGUCUGUGGACUGCCCUUUUCUUGACGCUGAUGGGAUUGGGAGGCCCUCCAUCCGCAGACGGGUGGGGCAGACGUCCGCUGACCAUCCAUUAAAGAGUCCUGCUCCCUGACUGGUCCCCAGAUAUGUCUUACAGACUUCCCUGAUCCAGUCCCCGCCAGCUGUUUCGAACUCAGAACUCCAAAGAGAGCACCAGGUUGGGGUGGCAGGACCGUGGCGUGCCUACGCGUUUCCCCCUUCUUCUGAUGACCCAACAAGGCAUGUUCUGUUUCUGCACUAAAAAAAGGGCCUUUUGCAAAGCAUUCCUGCCCCCCC